UCCUUCUUCCGCCAUUUGAAGCUCUUGCUUCGAUUCGAUUCGAAACCAUGGCCGCCGUAUCAAGAGGCCUCCUUUCUCGCAUCACUCAAAUUUUCCCAAUCCGAUCUCUAACCCUUUCAUCCUCUCAAUCUCUUCCUCACUCUAACUUCUUCCUCACCCAACGAUUCAGCUCCGAAAUAACCGGAGCUCCGAGUCGGAUCAUCGAGGCGAAACCGGUAGAGAUGUCCGGGAUCUCCAAAAGAACAGGAAUCAUCGCCGUAAAAUGUGGGAUGACAGCUCUCUGGGAUAAAUGGGGAGCUAGGGUUCCUGUUUCCAUCCUCUGGGUUGAUGAUAACAUUGUCUCUCAGGUCAAAACCGUUGAGAAAGAAGGCAUCUUUGCGUUACAGAUUGGGUGUGGGCAUAAGAAGGCUAAGCAUUUGACGAUGCCUGAGUUGGGUCAUUUUAGAGGUCAAGGUGUGGAUUUGAAGAGGAAGUUGAGAGAGUUUCCUGUUACGGAAGAUGCUUUGCUUCCUGUUGGGACUGAGCUUGGUGUAAGGCAUUUUGUGCCUGGGCAGUUUGUUGAUGUCACUGGGAUCACCAGAGGGAAAGGUUUCCAGGGAGUUAUGAAAAGAUGGAAGUUUAAAGGAGGGCCUGCAUCACAUGGUUGUUCAAAGGCACAUCGGAAAGGUGGUUCCACUGGUCAAAGAGAUGAUCCGGGGAAGGUGUUCAAGGGAAGAAAGAUGCCUGGGAGAAUGGGUGCAGAGCAGAGGACAGUAAAGAACGUUUGGGUUUACAAGAUUGAUCCUGCUAGGAACCUCAUCUGGGUUAGAGGACAAGUUCCUGGUGCAGAAGGAAACUUUGUGUUCAUAAAAGAUGCACACUACAAGAAACCAGACGUCUCAAAGCUUCCAUUUCCAACGUACUUAUCCCCAGAAGACGAGGACCCAUCAGAAUUAGAACCGUUGGUCGCAGAUCUCGGAGAAGUCGACCCAUUUAUGCUGGCAGAGUGA